UCCUGUUUGGUCAAGGGCAGAGAGCGAGUGGUGCAGGUGAAAUGGAGUUCCAUAACCAUUUCAACCAGAGAGCGGAGGCGGAGCGGUGGCUGAACACCGCCGUGAAGCUACUGACGUCACGUGACCUGCAGGGGACCAAGUCCUUGGCGAUCCGCGCCCGAGAGUCGGACCCAAGGCUGGGCUCCGCCGACCAACUAAUCGCCGUGGCCGACACGCUCCUGGGCGGCGAGUCCCGGAUCAACAACCAGCCCGACUAUUACGCGAUUCUGCAGCUGGCGCGGCGCACUCACAGCCUGGAGCUGGUGGCGACUCAGUACCGUCGCCUCGCCCUUCUCCUCAGCCCUCAGGCUAAUCGCUUUCCUUUCGCUGAUCAGGCCUUCCGCCUCGUCUCGGAUGCCUGGACCGUGCUCUCCAACCCCUCCAAGAAGGCCUCGUACGACCAGUUGUUCGACGCGCCACCGCAGCAGCCAGUGAGGAACAAGGACAAUGAGCCGGAGCCAUCCGAUUCUGGUAAUUUCUGGACGGCAUGCCCCUACUGUUUUCAUCUCUUUGAGUACUCUAGAGUGUAUGAGGAGUGUAUGCUUCGCUGUCAAAGCUGCAAGAGGGCCUUCCAUGCGGUGGUGAUAUCGUCACCGCCUGUGAUGGACAGCGGGGACGCUAAUUUCUGCUGCUGGGCGUAUUUCCCCAUGGGCUUAUCGCCCGCUAGUGCUAAAGAUUCCUCUAACUGGUCGCCCUUUUCAACCAUGUAUGCUGUUCCUUUACCCCCUACUACUCCUACUACUACUAAGAAGAAGCCUGCUUUGGGGCCAAGGGUAUACCAGGACGAUGAUGACCCCUUCCUCAACCACAUUUCCGAUUCCAGUGAGGAUUCCGAUGAUGAGUGGCACAAUGACAAGAGGAGGAACAAGAAAGCAGCAAGACCAAAAGGAAAAGCUUCUGUUUCUGCAACCCCUGCAAGAGCUUCCGAUAGAAUAAGGAAGGCCACUCAAAAUGUCAUGCCAUCCAAUGGGGAUUCCAGUAACAAGACCAGUGCUGGUGCAAGAAAGCGAGGUGCUGCUGCGUUGGGGAAAUUGGAUUUGAAUGUGGAGUUUAGUAAUAAUGAGGUAGAGGAACCUGCUGCUCAGACAAUGAGUGCAAAUGGGGAGGAGGAUAAUAUUGAAGGGAUUGGCUUCUUCGAAGGUCUUGAUGAGUUCUUGAGCAGUCUGCCCAUACUCAAUGUCGUUGGCGAUGACAAGGUGAAGGCUAAUUUAGCAAAACCGUAAGACUCUUUACUUUUUUCUCAUUGCUCUUUUAGCUGUUCUAGUUGCGUUUCGGAUGCAUGCUGUAAUGAAUGGUGAAGAGCUUCUUAGUGUUUUGUUUAAUGGCUCUCUUAUUUUGAUGUGUAAUCUGCGGCAGUGUAAACUUAAUCUAGCUUUAGCUCUUGUAAUGGUAGUUCGGUUUCUGUAUAUAGAUAUCUUGUGAUGCGAGCAUGGAUCUAAAAUUUGGAUUAGGGUCCCUAAACCCUAGAAUUUUGUUUGUGAGACAACUAGCAAUACUUC